AUGGGUAAAUUGACAAUUAGUGGAGCAGUCUCAGUUUCAUGGAUUUAUGUUCCUGAACUUUUUCCAACAUCAAUACGCGGCUUCAAUAAUGCUGUCUUUGUAUUUGCUGAUCGUUUUGGCGCCGUUUUAGCGCCCAUUGUCUAUGCUGCUCUUGGCGAUGAAUAUAUGAAAAUUACAUUUUAUGUCUAUUCUGCAAUAACUCUAUUCGUGGUCAGUGUCGUUAUUCUUCUCCCUGAGACACGUAAUCGAUCAUUUAACGAUGGAGAAAAAGAUCAUGAUAAAGCACUAAUAAAUGAUACUGGCAAAGGCAAGAGUAGAUCAGUUACGAUAAUAACUGAAAUUCAGUGA